AUGAGAAAUUCACUUUUACCCGGUCUGUUGAUGCUACUGGUUUUCGGAAGCUGUGCCGCUCGGGAUCUAGGAUUAAAGCAACUUCGUCACAGGAUGGGCUUACAGCCCGAGACUCGCAUCAUUGGCGGAUCAAGUGCACCGGAAGGCUGGGCACCCUAUCAGGUGUCUAUUAUGAAUACAUUUGGGGAGCAUGUGUGUGGUGGAAGCAUAAUCAGCGAGCACUGGAUCCUGACUGCAGCCCACUGUCUGGAGUGGCCCAUAAAGUAUCUAAAGAUAGUGACGGGGACCAAUGAUUGGACCAAGCCAGGUGCAGAGUACUUGGUCGAUGAGGCAAAGAAGCAUUGUCUGCACGACAAGCCAAUGUAUCACAAUGACAUUGCGCUAAUCCACACAGCCACGCCCAUUGUUUUUGAUGAGCGCACACAGCCGGCGAAGUUGGCCAGCAACAGAAAGGCCCUCAAAGCUGGCGACAAACUCACGCUGAGCGGAUGGGGCAGCAUUAAGACCUGGGGCCGCUAUGAAACGGAGCUGCAAAAGGUCGAAUUGAACUACAUGGAACACUCCACAUGUGAGGGAAAGGUAAAAAAUGCCUCCUGGCUUGGUGAGGGACACAUUUGCACGAACACCGAGCAGGGCCAGGGCUCCUGUCAUGGUGACUCCGGCGGUCCGCUUGUCGAUGACCAACAAACUCUUGUGGGCAUAGUUAAUUGGGGCGAGGCCUGUGCCGUUGGUUAUCCGGACGUAUUUGCGAGCGUGGCGUAUUAUCAGGACUGGAUACGCGAAAUGCAAACAACAGAAGGCAUUGCCUGUUGAGAGCUGCGUGGAUUGAAAGCCAAUUGAACAAAUGCCAAAACGAACAAACACUCGAUUAUGCCAUAAAAACAUUAUAAACGUAUUGCUUACAGUAAUAUAAAAUACAUUCCUAAUUUA